AUGACUUCCACGGCGAUUGACGGAGGUGAGUUGCAAACCGAUAAUCAUUUUCUAUCUCUGGACUCGUAUGCGUAUAGACUUACUUUUGAGCGAUAUAAUGAGUAAAUUAAAUUGAAUAUAGUUGCCUGCCGAAUUCAAUAAGCAUGAUUAGAUUACGAAGAAAUUUCUGGAAACACCUUUCUUAGACGUAGAAUGUUAUUCAACAUUUGGGUGUUUGUCUUAUCUUAUCCGAUUCUGGAAGAAAUUAUUUCAACAUAAAACCAAAUACUUCUGAAGCUAAGAACAACUGACUUCAUUCCGACUGACUACAUUCCUAAUGUUUCCCUCUCAACGAUGUUAAUAUAUUACACUACUAUAAAUUUAUUUUGCGUCGUAAGGAAGCACAUUUUGCCCUACUUAGCCGUCUCAGAGAACCUAAUUUAUACAAGAACUAUGCCACUAUAUGAAGUAAAAUAACUUUACUGUGGUUUUCAUUUGUUUGAUAAAAUAUGGUAGCCUGUCUUUCACAAGUUUGGAAAUCAGCCAUUUCGUAGGAUUGAAGGAAAUCUCUCGCCACAGCAAACUUGCCAAAGAGAAAAUAACUUGAAUGACAAAAUCCUUUUUAAAAAAAUUGACAAAUGCCUGGUGCAGUUUGGAAUUUUCUCGAAUAUUGAUGUGUUACGCGAUGUCAGAUAACAAUGAUUAGUCUCGGUGCAAAUUAGCAUGAAGUCGUCUAUUCUCCCUAAUCAUUUCAAAAAGAGAGACACAGGGGACUGCUUGAAUUAUGUAUUCCUUUAUUAAACGUCCUAUAGAAAAGCACGGUAUUUUCAAGAAAAUAGAUAAAUAGUAAAAAAAUAGAAAAGAAAGAAAGAAAGAUUAAAAAAAAAUUGAAUUAUCAGGCUGAUUGUAGAGUUCAAGAAAUACCAGCAGUCUGAUUUUUCUUAGCGGUUUUUGUCCCAUUUCCCACAAGAAAAUCGUUGAAAAGGGCAAAAAGCAUUAUAACAGAACACAGAAAAAAUCAAAAUAAAAAAAUAUAUAAUUACUUGCUAUCACUUCUACUGGUUCACUUUCUCUCCUGGGGUUUAUUAUCAUAAUACAGAAUCUCCAUAAUUUUAUUAAAGAAGUGAUGAGAGAAACAAAAACCCAUGAAAAUAAACAAUAAUUUUUUAACAAUCUUUGAGGCGUUAUGUGUCCCCCUUUUGUAUUGUCUCAUCUGAAAAGGUGCGGUCAAGGCUCCAGAUCUCAGAAGCACGCACAAUUCGGAAAUUUAUCAGUUCCGUGUUGAGAAUAGCUGAAAAUUGACAAAUUUUCAAAAAAACGCUCUGUUGUUCAUGGGAAGACAUAUUAAAUUUUUAGUUCUUUUUUUUUCUCGUUGCGUUAAGCAUUUGUUAUCGUGGUGGUUAGGUUUUUUUCUGCUUAGGGAUUCUCCAAGUUCGAGUUUUUUUUUUUAUACUUUUGCUCGACAAAAAAAAUGUUUUCUUAAUAUGUUUCAAUAGUCAUAGUAAUAAAUUAUUUUCAUUACUAAUAUUGCUAUUAAGUAUUUUAAGAAAUCUUAUUAUUAUUAUUAUUAUUAUUAUUGUCAUAAGAAUUAUCAUUAAUAUUACUUGUAUAUUUUAUUUUAGAGCGGGAUCGCGCGAUGCUGUUUCCAGACUACUUCUUCUUUGCUGAAAGACGUUUGGUAAACCAUACUUUUGAAGAGAAACGCGUCAAGAAUUUGGAUGACUGUGAGCUUUUAUGCUACCUAAACGAAAACUGCGUCAGUCUUAACUUCAAAAAAGAUCCAGAUGAUAAUCUUGAGAAUAAUAGUCUAGGACACAGCUGUGAGCUAAAUAACGCCAAUCAUCUGGAGUAUGAUGGUGAUCUGAAAACUGAUGCUGCUUUUUACUAUCGGGGCUCGAAGGUGGGUGAAAAAUAGAAUUUACGAAUUUGCAGGGGUAACUUCCAAAAACCAACUAAAUUUUGCAACUUUCUUGUUCAUUCAACCAUCGGGUUUUUAUUUCCUCGUUCAAUCGAUCGAGCAAGAUUUUCAUCUUUAUUUUACUAUCUCUUUCUUCUCCGUCAGAACGCUUGCAGUAACAAUUCCAUGUGCCAAAAUAAUGCAACUUGUCAGUCUGGCUUCACAUUUAAGGGAUAUCGAUGCUUGUGCCCUCUUGGAUUCGAGGGAGAAAGUUGUGAAAAAGGUAGGUUUCGAAUAGUGCAAGAUAUGACAAAGAAUAAUCUCUGAUUUCAAUGCAGGUAUGAGAACUGCCCCUUAGUUAGUUAAGAAGCAUUAGAUUUUUCAUAUUUGAUAUUUCCCAUUUUCAAAAUGAAUUGUAUUAUUUCAUUUGCUCGUUUGUCCUCCUGUUUGUGUUCCAUUUUGUUUUCUUUGUUUGCAUGGGUCGGUUUUCCUUUUUUUUGUCCACAUGAAUCUUAAACGUUUGCAUCAAACUUCUUUUUAUAGUCAACUAAGGACAGUAUUUUCUAUUUCAUUGUGCUUCUCCUCUUUUCGUUGACUUAUUUGUUGAUUUUCUCGACAGAUACGGACGAGUGCAAAACAACUCCUCAAAAAUGCCACGUUAACGCUGCGUGUAAUAACAUAUACGGAUCAUACGUGUGCACAUGCAAGCCUGGAUAUGUCGGAGAUGGACGGGAUUGUGCAGGUGUUAAAAACCUUUGGAAUUUGAACUCGAUAAUAUGUAUUUGUUUGGUUGUCAAAAGUCAAUAUUUUUUUCGCUUUUUGAAAUCAUCUCGCGAUGUUGUAUUCCAUGCAGCAAAGAGUUGACACCUUAGCCGUGGCAUAAAUCUUCAGCAAAGAAAACAAAUUAUCCAUAAUUAUUAGGUGGGAGAUGUCCCAGAUUUUUAAUCAUUCUUGUCAUGUUAGGGGCGCACCAUGAAUCUUUGAUGGUGGGGGUGGAUGAUGGUGUGGGGGGGGGGGGGGGUUGGGGGGGGAAUGGUUUAGCUAUUCAUUCAGAAAUUAAUAUUUCAUAGUGUGUGGUAAUGUACGUUCCUGUUACAAGAAGUCUGCUGUCACACAAGUAGUAAAAAUUCCCACGGUUCUCAUAGAAAGGGGAAUUCCAUACGCACAGAUCCCCUUCGCCCCUUCUAUUGAGUUUCCAGAAUCUUGUUUUAAACGUCACAAUAUCAUAAUUUCUGAAGAAGUAUGUGUGUUUUCUUUCAGAUAUUGACGAAUGCAGCGAAACUUAUGCAGUUAAAAGGAACAAAUGCCAUCUGA